AUGGCAGUGUCCUGGGAAGAAUAUUUUCGACUGGCCUCGCAAGAGAACCUCUCCAAGAAGACCCAGGAGCGGAAUGCAGACAACUGCCCACCGGUGCUGCGUCUCCUGGAGAAGAGGCAGGAGCUGGCAGAUGUGGACCAGAGACUGCGGGCCCAGAAAGAGGUGUUCCAGACCACGAUGGCAGCCCUGAAACUGCGCCGGGAGCAGUUGGAACAGAAGGAGCAGGAGAUACAAGGGUCCUUUGUCCGCUUUGACAAGUUCUUACAGGACGCCGGGGCCCGGCGCAGCUGCGCACUGAGAAGGGCGGCCGAGGAGCGUCACCAGGCGGGGAGCCAGCAGGCGGAGGUGCUGCGGCUACGGGCCCACCUGGAGGAGCUGCAGCGGGAGCGCGCGCGGCUGCAGAGCCGGCUGCAGCGCCUGGAGCCCUGCGCGCGCCUGCUAGGGCGGGUGCUGGAGCAGCUGCCCGAGUUCCAGGACGUCUCCGAGCUGGUGGCGCGCUUCGAUGCCCUGGCCAACACGCAGGCGGCGAUGAGGCUCACGGAGCGCCAGCAACUCCGGCAGGUGGAGGAGGAGCGCGCACGGCUGCAGCGGCUGCGGGACACCUGGCGAGACGAGCUGCUCAGGCUCCGCCAGAGGCGAGCUCAGCUGCUGGAGCGCCUGGAGGCGGCGCGGGAGCGCACGCUGCAGUGGGAAUCCAAGUGGGUUCAGAUCCAGAACACUGCGGCUGAAAAGACCCUGCUCCUGGGACGCAGCAGGAUGUCAGCACUCAACAUGUUCCAGCUCGUGUGCCAGCAUCAGAAGCAGCCACCUGCCCUGGACAUCGAGGACACCGAGGGGCAGCUGGAGCAGGUGAAGCUGUUCAUGCUGGACCUCUCUGCCAUGCUGGCCAGACUCCCGCAGCCUCUCCCUCCAGUCCAAGGCCCCGGCCAGACCAAGGCCCCAGCCCCUUAA